AUGGAUUUAUUAUCUCCUUCAAUUUCCUCCACUCCAAAAAUUGGAACAGAUCCAUUAACUAGAAAAAGACAAUCAUUUACUGUUUAUGAAAUGAUUACAAAUAAUGAGAGAAAACAACAAAAACAAUUAUUUAAUAAUAAUUGUUCUUCUUCUUCUUUUGAUAAUUGGAAUGUUAAUAAUAAUAAAAAUAAUUCAAAAAUUGGACAGUCAAUUCGAGAUGUGAUGAAAGAAUUAACAUGCCCAACAGUGCAAUUUUGUUUUGGAAAUAAUAUAAUAAAUUCACAAAAUUCCUCAAAUAUUCUUUUAAAUAAUUUAAAAGAUCGCCCAAAUAUAAAUUCAAUGCCUUCAUUAAUAAAUGCUUUGACACAAGCUGAACAAACAAUUAUGGAACAUAAUUAUUAUUUACAAAAUCGAAAACAACAAAUUCAACAAAAUACUCGUUCACCUUCGGUUAGUGGAAAUUUUUCUAUUGGACUUACAACAACAACAAUUAAUAAAGGAAGGAGGUUAUCUGAACGUUUAGUUAAUGAAAAUAAUAAUGGAAUAAUUAAAGGUAAAGAGGGGGAGGGAGGGGAGGGGGAAGGAGGGGAGGGGGAGGGGGGGAGGGGGAGGGUAUUUUUAAAUAAAAAUAUAUUUAUUUAUUCACUUUAA